UUAACCUUUAAAAUUAUUUUGCACUGUCAUAAGUAUUUAUUUUUGUUACAGGAGUCCGCCAACCCCCUUCCCCCAACCCUGCAGACAUGGAACAUCGGGGGCACCCCACCAAGGUGUUCCCCCUGUCUUAGAGGAAGGAAAGGGUAUAAAGCACCAGUGAUAUCCUCAGCAUCUCCUUUGGUCAGAGAACCUGAAGAAAUGAUGGGAAAAGCCAAGGAACUCUUCCAGCUCUGUGAUAAAGAAGAGAAAGGGUUAAUAACCAAACGAGAUCUACAGCGACUGCAAAAUGAACUUCCACUCACUUCAGAUCAAUUGGAAGCUGUAUUUGACAGCCUGGACCAGAGUAAUAAUGGUUACCUUACUCCUGUGGAGUUCAGCAUGGGUCUUGGUAAAUUACUAGGGGUUAAUAUGACUAAUGGAGAGGAGGAAGAGAAGCCGGUAAUGGAGGAAACGUUUGAAUCUGGCUGGUCGGAUGAAGAUCAGGAUGAUGCAGAAGAAAUGCUCUUCUAUGCUGCUAUGGAACAAUUGGGAGCUGCUCGAAUAUUCCAAGAACACAGGGAGCUCAGAGAACUGUGGAACCGUUUACGCAAGGAGCGCCCAGAGCUGCUAGCAAACUUUGAGGAUUUUCUCUUCCGUGUUUCCUCUCAUAUCCGGGACGUGUAUCAUGAAAAGGAGACUUUGGAACAAGCUUUAAAAAGAAAAGAGACCGAUCACGGACGAGAGGUGAGAAGCCUAUAUGAAGAGAUGGAGCAGCAGAUUAGAAUAGAGCGAGAGAAACUACUCAGGAAGGUAUGA